AAGCGAGCAGGUGAGAUAAAUGACGUGACAGGAGUAAGCGAACUACAAUCGAGCACGCCACAGUUCCUACCCCACCACUGCGGCUGCGCGCGCUACGUUCCGGAAGCGGAAAUAGACAAGAGGUCAGGGUUGAUUUUUCAAGAUGGCGGCCUUUAAGAUUCUGUUGUCCGGCAGUGAGCAGCUUCUCCGUGGGCUCCUAGCGGGCACGGCAGCUACCAGCUGGUCUCGGCUUCCAGCUCGCGGGUUCAGGGAAGUGGUGGAGAUCCAAGAAGGGAAGACAACUAUAAUUGAAGGCCGUAUCACAGUGACUCCCAAGGAGACUCCAAAUCCUCCUAACCCCUCUGGCCAGUGCCCCAUCUGCCGUUGGAACCUGAAGCACAAGUAUAACUAUGACGAUGUUCUGCUGCUUAGCCAGUUCAUCCGGCCUCAUGGAGGCAUGCUACCCCGAAAGAUCACAGGCCUGUGCAGGGAAGAACACCGAAAGAUCGAGGAGUGUGUGAAGAUGGCCCACCGAGCAGGUCUGUUACCAAAUCACAGGCCUCGGCUUCCUGAAGGAGUUGUUCCGAAGAACAAACCCCAGCUCAACCGGUACCUGACGCGCUGGGCUCCCAAGUCCGUCAAGCCCAUCUACAAAAAAGGCCCCCGCUGGAACAGGGUGCUCAUGCCCGUGGGGUCACCCCUCCUGAGGGACAAUGUCUGCUACUCAAGAACACCUUGGAAGCUGUAUCACUGACAGACAGUAGGGCUUCCAAAGUUCCUCUUGCACCUGUGCUGUGGAGUAGGAGGCCCACUCACAAGCCCUCGGCCCCAACUAUACUCCUGUCCCACCCCACCACGAUGUCCUGGCCCCUCCAACAUGGAUGGACAGGGGACAGUGGGACAAACUUCAGUAUGCUUGGCUUGCCCAGUAGCAAUGCUGAGAGCUAGAGGCAAGCAGGGCAGUUGGAUCCCUUGGCAGCUGCUGUGGGGCUUGGGCCAUGCUCAGUGCUGAGGACAGGAGUUUUGCCCAAUGAAAUGUCAUAAAGUAGGCUCAUGGGCUUA